AUGAAGUUAACCCACAUAGUGUCAAAUGCACUGUUAUUGAUUGGAUCAGUGGUUAAUGCACAUGGAUCAGAAUCUUCGAAAAAUGAUAAUGAAAAGUUGAAUGCAGAUAUAAGUUUACCAGAUUUGCUGUCGGUUAACAAAUUACCAUCUAAUUGGAUUGUAGGUGAAGAUGCAAACUUGGAACAAGGCCGUAUGGUCCUUACACCAAACAAAGCAUCUAAAGGUUCUUUAUGGCAACGAAAUAACUACAAAUUGAAAAAUGGAUUCACCGUAGAAUGGACAUUCAGAAGUGUGGAGUUUUCAGGUAAAUCCGAAGGUGGAUUGGCAUUUUGGAUCGUUAAUCCUGCAAGUUAUAAAAAUAAUGAUAAAAAGCUCUACGACGGUCCAUCGAAAUUUGAUGGGUUACAACUUUUAGUGGACAAUAACGGUAAAUUAGGUUCAUCUAUCAGUGCACAGUUUAGUGAUGGAUCUGUUGCUCUGAAGAAACAAGAUAUCUAUGAUAAAAGUUUUGCAUCUUGUUUGAUGGGGUAUCAACAAUCAUCAGUUCCAUCAACGGCACGUUUGACAUACAGUAGAGAAGAUGAUAAUUUAUUGAAAUUACAGAUCGACAAUAGAGUUUGUUUCCAAACUAGAAAAGCUCAAUUUCCUCAAGGUGAUUAUAUGAUCGGUGUUACUGCUGAUAACGCACAGACAACGGAAUCUUUUGAAAUUUUAAAGAUGCAGUUCUACGAUGGGGUGAUUCAAGAUUCAUUGAUCCCCAACGUACAUUCGAUGGCACAACCAAGAGUCUAUACUAAAGUUGUUGAUAAAAAUACUGGACAAGAAACCUUGUUAGAAAAGGAAGCCUUCGAUGCUCAGAGUGACAAAUUUUCCAAUUACGAUUUGUUCAAAAAAUUGGAUAGACUUGAGGGUAAAGUUUUGGCCAACGAUAUCGUUUCAUUGGACAAGAAAUUAGACGAAAUCUUAAGUGUUCAAGAGGAACUGAUUAAAUAUGUGGCUCAAUUGGUAAUGCAAAAGCAAGAUUCUGAAGGUGGCAGUGAAAAUUUUGCUGAUUUUAUAUCGAUGAAUGAAAAAUUGGAGAAAAUGUUAAGAGAACAGGAAAAGGUUAGAGAGACAACUAGAUCAUCCAGUCAGGCUGGUCCUCAUGUUGAUGAAAUAGCAAGUAAAUUGGCAGUUUGGUUAUUACCACUCAUGGUGAUCAUGCUAAUUAUGGCUUACUACACUUUUAGAAUUAGACAAGAGAUUGUCAAGACUAAAUUGCUAUGA